AUGUUGUAUCCAUUGAAUUAUAGAUUCGACUCAUUGACAAAGAGCGAACACGCAAUUGUUUCCUAUUUUGGAUCCAAAGGUCGUUUUUAUUCAUCUGCUUUUGUUUUCUGCAACUUGUUUGGCUUUACUGGUCUUAAUCCUGAGCAUGGAAGGUCAUGCCUUACUGGUCUUUAUCCGGAGCAUGCAAGGUUAUCAUUGCAGGUGAAUUUUUUCCGUAGUCUUUAUCCAGAGCAUCGAAGGUCAUGCUUGUUGGUGAAUCCUUUCAAGGGAGAAGUUCUAAUGCUCCCAUCAGCAAGUGACGUCCAAGUUCUAGCCAAUAGUCUCUGCAGUGUUGAUUGGUAUGGCAUGGGAUUUGAUAAUAUAACCAACAGCUUCAAGAUUGUUCGUGUGUCCACUAAUAAAAAAGACUAUGUAGCGGCCGAAGUUCUUGUAUUGGGGACAAGCUCAUGGCGGGAGUUACCUACAGUUCCUCCCUGCUUUCCAACCUGCAAGUUCGCAUAUGCACAUUGA